CCGUGGUCUGGUAGUUGCAUUGGAUGCGUGUUUUUCUUGAUGUCACUAGCCAUUCCAGAGUAACAUUGUCAGUCAUUGCCUCACAACCAAUGGUAAGUUUGCAUUGGCUGGACUCGCUGCUGCUCCUCGAGUCCCUCCUCGUGCUGUCCUCGCCGUGCACGCGCGUGGUACCCACGGUCGUGAGGAGGAGGAGGAUGUUGCGCGCGAAGGGGAAAUGGCUGCCGAAAACAAGCCGGAAGGACUGAAGAAAAUUCGUAAUCCGGAUCGAAUGUACAGAUCAGCUGUGUGUUAUGCCGGCCAUGCUCCUCCUAAGAGUAUCAGUGAUGACACAGAGAUGAACAAUGAACAUGGACAUUUGAAAAUAUACCUGCCCAAAAAGCUGCUUGAAUGUCUACCAAAAUGCUCGUCGCUGCCAAAGGAGAGACACAGGUGGAACACCAAUGAGGAGAUCGCAGCUUACUUGAUAACAUUUGAAAAGCAUGAGGAAUGGCUAACGACGUCCCCUAAAACAAGGCCACAGAAUGGGUCGAUGAUCUUGUACAACAGGAAGAAGGUGAAGUACAGAAAGGAUGGCUACUGCUGGAAGAAGAGGAAAGAUGGGAAGACCACGCGAGAGGAUCACAUGAAGCUCAAAGUCCAGGGAGUGGAGUGUCUGUAUGGCUGUUACGUCCACUCCUCCAUCAUCCCCACUUUCCACCGCAGGUGCUACUGGCUGCUCCAGAACCCUGACAUCGUGCUCGUCCACUACUUGAAUGUGCCGGCCAUAGAGGAUUGUGGGAAGCCGUGCGGGCCAAUCCUGUGCUCCAUCAACACGGACAAGAAGGAGUGGGCCAAGUGGACCAAGGAGGAGCUGAUUGGCCAGCUCAAGCCCAUGUUUCAUGGCAUCAAGUGGACUUGCAGCAACGGGAACAGCAGCUCUGGCUUCUCAGUGGAGCAGCUGGUGCAGCAGAUUCUGGACAGCCACCAAACCAAGCCAACUCCCCGGACCCACAACUGCCUCUGCACAGGCACCCUGGGCGCAGGGAGCAGUGUGCACCACAAGUGCAACAGCGCCAAACACCGCAUCAUCUCCCCCAAGGUGGACCCCCGUGGAGGCUACAGCAGCGGUCACUCUGAGGUCCAGAACAACGAUGUGUCCGAGGGCAAGACCGAGCACAGCAGCCAUGGAGGGGGAGGGAAAAGUUCCGGAGGGGGAGGGGGCAGCGCCAGGGAGAAACGCAACGGCAAGAUUCCCAAGCCUGUUCUCCUGCACCAGAACAGCACGGAGGUGUCGUCUACCAACCAGGUGGAGGUCCCUGACACUACCCAGAACUCCCCCGUGUCAAUCAGCAGCGGGCUGAACAGCGACCCAGACAUGGCUGACAGUCCCGUGGUGACGGGCAUGGGCCACGUGGCUUCCGUCAUGUCCAGCCUGUCCCAGAGCGUAUUUAUGUCCGAGGUGACCGGGGACCCCGUCUACAGCAUGUCCCCCAAUGGGGGCCCCAACGCCCACCUCAUGGGCCCCGACGCAGCCUCCCAGGGCCUGGUGUUGUCCGGUGUGGUGGCAGACAACCACAAGUUUGCCUUCCCCAGCGGAGGGGCUGGGGAGGGUCCCGGGGGGGCAGGGGGAGCAGACGGGCUGUCCAUGCUGUCUGCAGCCGGUGUGUCUGAGGAGCUGGUCCUGUCCAGCAGCCUGGAUGCCGGAGGCAUGAAGAUACCUGAGACCACCAUGAACUUUGACCCUGACUGCUUCCUCAACAACCCCAAGCAGGGCCAGACCUACGGGGGCAGCAGGCUGAAGGGGGGCGGCAGCUCCUCCUCUUCCUCCUCUUCCACCAACGGCACCAACGGCAGUAUGCAGCGCUCUCCAUCCAUGUCAGACUCUGGAUACAGCUUCAACUCUGCUCUGGUGAAAAACAUCAAGACGGAGGACAUGUCCUUCGAGCAGCAGCUGGCCACAGAGCAGGGCUAUCAGGUGGGGGCAGUGGUGAGCUGUGGAGGAGGUGGAGCUGGUUCCUCUGGGGCUGGUUCAGCACAGGGCUCCCUUGGCCUGACCCCUGCAGGCUCUCUGCUGCCCUCUGGAGGAGGCCUGAGCCCCAGCACCACCCUGGAGCAGAUGGAUUUCAGUGCCAUCGAUGCCAAGCAGGAAUACUCCUCCGGGGCUGGGUCAGUGGGCUAUGGCCAGGCUAUGAACAGCCCCCACCUCUCCCACCAGAGCCACUCGCCCAGCUUCUUCCUCCAGGACACCCAGCAGCCCGGCCAGGCCCAGCAGGGCAGGUCCUCCAUGGGCCAGAAGACUCACCUGAUGGAGCACAACUCCCACGACUCCACAGCCUACAUGGGCCUGCAGGUGGUCAAGACGGAUUCCCCUGGCAUUAACGGCCACCUCCACCACCACCACCAGAGCCACCACAGGGCCAACUGCAACGGGGGCUCCCCCACCGAGGGGCCAGGGCAGGGGCCUGGGUCUCUCCAGCUUCUGCAGUACCAGGGGGGCUUCCCUGGGCUGGGGCCGGAGCAUGAGGAGGUGGUGGGUCUGGAGCAGCCAGGCAGCGUGGGCUCAGGCCAGGCAGGGGGAACAGAGAAUGGAGAGGGUCUACUGAAGCCUGGGGAUCACCUCCAGGCCUGUGGAGGAGGCAACCCAGAGGGAGGAGGGACAGAGCACUACCUGCAGCAGGCCAACGGUGGAGGAGGUCAGGGAGGCGGAGGAGGAGGGGAAGGAGUGACCAUGCAUAAUGGAAAUGGCAUCAACAACGACGGCAGCAAUCGCUCACAGCAGCAGCAGCAGCUGCAGCCCCUCCUCCAGGGGGCUGGGAUGGUCCAGGGUCUCUACAACACCGUGGGGCCCCACCAGGGCCUGGGCGGAGCGGGCUCUAACGGGGGAGCAGGAGGGGGAGGCAUGGAGAUCAGCCUGGACCACUUUGACAUCUCCUUUGGAAACCAGUUCUCUGACCUCAUCAAUGACUUCAUCUCUGUGGACGGUAGUGGAACCAACAUGGCGGCCGGGGGAGCUCUUUACAACCACCAGCUGGUGGCCAACCAUGGCUCAGAUGGCCAGGCCACGCCUAGCGGAGCUCCCCAGCAGGGCCAGGAGGACGGAGGGGUAGGAGGGGCCCGGGGGGCAGGAUACAGCCCCUCAGAGCUCUGUCUCCAGCCCUGCUGCAGCCCUCAGUCUCUGGGUGCCGGGGCUGGGGGUGCAGGGACGGAGUCAGGCUCUCUGGCAUACAUGGACGUGGCGGAGGUGGUGUCUGCAGCCGUGGCCCACGGGGCUCUGGGGAUGUUGCAGGCCACAGGGAGACUCUUCAUGGUCACUGACUACUCGCCCGAGUGGUCCUACCCUGAGGGAGGAGUGAAGGUGCUUAUCACUGGUCCAUGGCAGGAGGCCAGCUCUAACUACAGCUGCCUGUUUGACCAGAUAUCUGUCCCUGCCUCUCUCAUCCAGCCUGGGGUGCUGCGCUGCUACUGCCCAGCUCAUGACACUGGGCUGGUGACACUGCAGGUGACUGCCAGUAACCAGAUUAUCUCUAACUCAGUGGUGUUUGAGUACAAAGCCCGCGCUCUGCCCUCACUGCCCUCCUCACAACACGACUGGCUCUCACUGGACGAUAACCAGUUCAGAAUGUCCAUCCUGGAGCGCCUGGAGCAGAUGGAGAGACGGAUGGCAGAGAUGGCCUCCCAUCAUCAGCAGAGCAGUGGAGGAGGUGCAGGAGGAGGAGCAGGAGCAGGUGGAGGAGGAGGUGGUGGUGGUAACAACAGCCAGACACAGUGUGUGUCAGGGCAGGGUCAGGCUGGCAGCAGCUUUGAGAGCCGUGUGGUGGUGGUGUGUGAGAAGAUGAUGAACCGGGCCUGCUGGGCCAAGUCCAAACACCUGAUCCACUCCAAGACCUUCAGGGGCAUGACCCUGCUUCACCUGGCCGCUGGGCAGGGCUACGCCACCCUCAUCCAGACACUCAUCAAGUGGCGCACCAAGCAUGCAGACAGCAUUGACCUGGAGUUGGAGGUAGACCCCCUCAAUGUGGACCACUUCUCCUGCACCCCUCUGAUGUGGGCGUGUGCCCUAGGUCACCUGGAAGCGGCAGUGGUCCUGUAUAAAUGGGACCGACGGGCCCUUGCCAUCCCUGACUCCCUGGGACGCCUGCCCCUGUCCAUCGCCCGCUCCCGCGGCCACACCAAGCUGGCCGAGUGUCUGGAGCAGCUGCAGAGAGAGGAACAGCAGCCCCCUGCACCUCUUCCCCCCAACACACGCAUGUCCUUCUCCCCCACCCCCCACGACGCUCCCACCUCAGACAGCUGGAUGGUCACAUGGGCCAGCGACGGCGUGAUGGCGCCCGGCGGGAAGAAAGGAGGCGCCACCACGGCCACGACCACCUCGAGCAACCUCAACCCAGACUUGAGAAGGCCGCGAUCCGAGCCCUCCAACUACUACAGCAGUGAGUGCCAGCGAGACCUGCCCCUGGCCAAGAAACACAAGCCCAACCCAGAGAUGUUCCAGGUCCGGCCCGACAAGGCCAUGUCUGUCCCACUGAGCCUGGAGCAGCAGCAGCUACACAAGCUGUCCUUCAGCCCCAAGAGCCUGUCCCAUGAGGGCCUCGGCCCAGACAAGAGCCUCUCCGGUGGGGGAAGUGCUGGAGAAGCUGGGGGAGCCAAGUGGCGCUCCAGGGAGGGUUUCUCCAGUGGGGGCUCAGGCAGGAAGGGCUCGGGGGGCUCUGGGGGCAGCAGCCUGGGAAAGGAGAAGCUGGCUAGCAGGCUGAGACAGAGGGAACAGCUGGGGAACAUGCUGGUGAUGGCUGAGAGAGAGAUGGUGAGCACGGAGCUGCUGUCCUACAGAGAAGAUCUGGAGAACCAGGACUGUAUGACACAGAUGAAUGACCUGCAGGUGAACAUGAUGACUCUGGCAGAGCACAUCAUUGAGGCGACCCCAGAGAGGAUCAAGAGGGAGAACUUUGUGGCCCUGGACGGGGUGCCCCUGGACAGUACUGGGGUCAGCAACACCAUGAGCUGGUUGGCCAGUUACCUCGGAGACGUGGAACAGCUGCCCAGCAUUAUACAUCUACGAUCCCUGUACAGUGAGCCUCUCGCUCCGUCCUCCAACCCCAGCCACAGCCCACAGGGUUCUCCACUGAGGGAGGGGUCCAUGGAGAGGCCCACCCUGCCCCCCCCGGCCGACUGGAGCGAGUUCCUCCAGGCCUCCAACAGCAAGGUGGAGAGAGACCUGGCCCAGCUCACCCUGUCCGACCCUGAGCAGAGGGAGCUGUACGAGGCCGCGCGUCUGGUCCAAACUGCCUUCCGCAAGUACAAGGGACGCCCAUUCAGAGAUCAACAGGAAGUAGCUGCGGCCGUCAUUCAGCGUUGUUACAAGAAGUACAAACAGCUUACAUGGAUAGCCUUGAAGUAUGCACUUUAUAAGAAGAUGACGCAGGCCGCCAUUCUUAUCCAGAGUAAGUUCCGCAGCUACCACGAGCAGAAGAAGUUCCAGCAGAGCAGGCGGGCGGCCGUGCUGAUCCAGCAAUACUACCGCAGCUACAAGGAGUAUGGCAGGCUCAGGCCCCACCGCAGAGGAGCCGCCGCCGCCCUGGUGCAACAUAAACUCAGAAGUAGUCUGCUCACUAAGAGGCAGGACCAGGCUGCCAGGAAGAUCAUGAGGUUUCUACGCCGCUGCCGCCACAGCCCCUUGAUGGACCAUAGACUGUUCAAGCGGAGUGAACGAAUCGAAAAGGGCCAAGGAACAUGAGAACCCUCAGAAGAGCCCCCUCACAAUGUGACAUCACUCUCCUCCUUUUCUUUCCCCCCUUUGUACCCAAGACAUUUUACAAGAGAAGAAAAAAAACAGUUCAGUGAAAACACUGCGAUUAUUAUUACGACUAUGGCAGCGUGACUGAUUCCACUUCUAUUACAUGUACAACAACAGCAUUUUUCACGUUUAUCUAUCGUUGUGUAUGUUGGAGAGUGGCAACUUCUUCUGUAGGAUUCUAAACUGAAGGAGAAGAAGCUGUGGGGGGCAGAACAUUAGCUUCAUGACAUUUUUUGCACUUUUUCAUGGAUUGCUUUGUCUUUUUGGGAGUAUUGGAGUCUAGGUUUUUAGAUGGUAAAGGAAGAGGAAUGUUGGACAUGUUGAAAAGGUCCCUGCCAUCAGUGGAUCAAACCAAAAGGAUAAGAUGGAGGACACCUAGGAUGGAGGACACCUAGGAUGGAGGACACCUAGGAUGGAGGACAGACGCCGACCAGAACAUAAGGAAACAUUACAGAAACACAUUGGGACUUGGCUCUAAUUGUAUUUCAUAAUUUUUUAAGUGAACUGAUUCAUCCAUUUGAAUGAGAAAACAUGUCAUCUAAUGAACCAAACAUUCGGUAAUAUAUUGAUCCAUUUGCAAACUUACUCUCCCUAUCAACAGUAGACGAAUACAUUCAGUAUAGUAACUGAAAAUAGAUCAAGCGUCCUUCUGUUACGCUGUGCUCUACUCCGCCAGUCAGUCCGAAGGGGUGGGGCUGCAUAUGAAUGUAGGAGGGGUGUGAGAAGGAAUGGGCGGGGCGUAUUAAAAGAAUGGCUUAUUUUGUUAUCUACGUUUAGGGGGCACUGUGAGGCAAGAGAUAAAGGGAUUCAAUGGUGUGUUUUUUUUAAAUAUAUGUUUAAUUCCUCUUUGCUUGAAUCUGUUUCGUGCUUAUACCCAUUACUGGUAUAACUGACUUGUCUCCUAAAAAUUAUGUGUUGUCGAUUUUAUCAAAUGUGCAUGCCUAUGGGUGAAAGUCUUCGCCUGCGUGCUUGAAAUUAGGUCUGUAACCUCUGUUUUUCAAUGUUUUGCGUUUGUCUUCAUGUUAAAAUGCAACAGAGUUUCCCAUGUACCCACCUACUUCCCCAAGAGUCAUUCAUACCCUCUAGUUACUGAAUGAUACCAACAUUGUCCUCUUCUUUUCUUUUUUAUUUGCCUUAUUUGUUUACUCAGUAUUCUAAAAAGAAAGAAAACUUGCCUCUUUUGUGUUGUAAUGAUAACAGUCAUGAAGGUUAUUGUUGUUCUUUUUAAAUGAACUUCAGGGCCUGUGAGGGCUUUUGAGGGGAAGAUCACAUACAUUGCCUUGACGUCUUAGAGAUUCUUUGAGGGGUCCCUAAGCUAGUCCCAAAAUAGGGGUUAGACAAAUCCAUAUUUUUGACAAUUGAGCGGUUUCUGUAUAUAAAGAAGGCUGAAGGUACGUAGGGAAAAACAUUUACCCAAAGGGGAUUGUAUUUUAGAAAUAUAUUAUUUUAUUCAUUAAAAAGGGGUCAAAAACAGGUACGAGACAAAAACAGAAUAUUUGUAUAGUUUUGUUUGAAUGCCUAAGAAGUAUGGUUGUAUUGAUUGUAUAUAGUGUAAAUACCUGGGAUAAAAAUGAGCUAUGUGCAUGAAAAACAUGAACAAAGGUUAAAAAACCCCUCAGCGAAAGCAGUAGUGGCUAUGCUCUGUAAAAUGAUUCUAACUAUUUCACUAUAAGAGUAUUUUAUUUUAUUUUGAUUGUUCUUGAGAAGAACAUUUUGCUAAAGCAUGACAUUAUUGCGAAUACUAAAAAGUAAAAAAAAAUAUAUAUAAUGUAUUUAGAGAUAGGAGAAAUCUGCAAAAUUAUCUUAAGACAAGUAUGGUUAUGUUUACAUUUUUGUUUUGGGCUACCAAGAAUCUUUUGCCAAUGGUGCCAAGUAAUGUGAAUGCUAUAUUGCUUAACAAGAUAAUGAAGUUAAUGUUAUCAGAACAGAUAAUCAUACAAUGAAAUAGACACUAGCAUUGAAGACCACAAGGUCCCAUCACGACUGGCAGCGAAUCACAGAUAGAGAUACACAUUGCAGAGGGAGAAAUAUUUCAACAGCAACUUUUAAGUCUCCCAUUUCUCAUCCAUUAUCACACGUCAGAACAACCCAAGAUUUUUUGCCAUCGUCACCAAAUACACAGGGAUCACUUUGUCAGUAACAUUUCAAAUGCAAAAGAAAUGUGUGCUUUAUUUUAUCCGUAUGAGAGAAGGGUUGUGGAGUCAAUGUCUCUUAGCAUGUUCAUAUGGAUUGUGUUCAUAUAAAGAUUGUAAAUGGCAA